AGCACGUGCAACUAUGGGCAGCAGGAGCGGUCGGCAAGCCUCAGCUGGAUUGCUCUGGGCUUUGGCAACAGCUAUCCUGGCUAUAGCAUAUGCGUCGCCGGAGGGGCCACACCCGCUUAAUAUCGCGGAGGUGCAUGGAGUUAAAGCAAGGAGCGAUGGACGACACCUGCAGCAGACUUUUGGCACUUCAAGCAUCGUCCCAUUGGUAAUUGAUGAUGCCCCAUGUCUGUCGUUCAAUGCGGAUGACUCAGCUCUUGUGCUAGCGCCUGGGGGCGGCUUUGCUGGGUACGCGACCGUUCAUUCAAACGGAUAUGACUCCAACGGACUUAGCAUCUUACGAGUAAAUGUCACCACGAUGGGCUUUGAAGGACAGUUAUACUUUGGCUCGACCAACAGCUCGUUGGAUGCAUCCAACUUUAGGGCAAUGUUGAGCACUGAUCUACCCGAUGGUUGCCCAGCAACAACGCGGCCC